AUGACAAGGAAAACGAACUGAUCCAUAUUUGCUUGUCAUCGCCGCCGACUCCAAAAAAAAAUCGCUUUUUCAUUAUUGAAAUUGUUAAAUGAGUGGACACAUUUGACUGUGUUAAAAAUUAUACUUUGUUAAAGUAUUAAAAACAAUAUAAGAGAAUGAGUUCCAUUGGAACAGGUUAUGACCUCUCCGCAUCACAAUUCUCACCCGAUGGCCGGGUAUUUCAAGUGGAAUACGCAGCAAAGGCGGUGGAAAACUCUGGUACAGUUAUUGGUCUGAGAGGGAAAGAUGGAGUUGUAUUUGCCGUUGAAAAACUGGUCACAUCAAAAUUGUAUGAGCCUGGUGCUAAUAAGAGGAUUUUUCAUGUCGAUGAACAUGUUGGCAUGGCUGUAGCGGGUCUUAUCUCGGACGCGAGACAGAUCGUUGAAACGGCACGUUCAGAAGCGUCGAACUACAGAUCUCAAUACGGAGUGCCAGUGCCUCUGAAGUACUUAAACGAGAGGGUCUCCAUGUACAUGCAUGCCUAUACUCUAUACAGUGCCGUCCGACCGUACGGCUGCUCUGUGGUCAUGGGCACGUGGACUAAAUAUGAAGGACCACAGAUGUACAUGCUUGAUCCUAGUGGGGUGUCAUUUUCAUACUUUGGCUGCGCCGUCGGCAAAGCCAAGCAAGCUGCCAAGACUGAGAUCGAGAAGCUGAAGCUGGCUGAUCUGACUGUUAAAGAGUUGGUGCGAGAGGCAGCUAGGAUCAUCUACCUAGUACAUGACGAACUAAAAGACAAACAAUUCGAGCUAGAAUUGUCCUGGGUGUCGGAGGCCACCAGAGGGCGCCACGAGUUGGUGCCCAAGGAGCUGGCGAAAGAAGCGGAGAACGUGGCCAAACAAGCCCUAGCCGACAUUGAGGACUCUGAUGAGGGAGAUAUGUGAAUUUAGUUAAUACAUUUUUAUUAUAAA